GGAAACACCCCUUGUCUUCGUUAUCGUUCAGGUAGAAAAACGCGCAAGAUAAAGGGUAACACUCUCACUGGUGGAUCAUAAAGAGAGAGAAAGAGAGAGAAAGUUGCAAUGGCGAAAAAGGCAGUGUUGAUCGGAAUCAACUACCCGGGCACCAAGGCGGAGUUGAAAGGUUGCAUAAACGAUGUGCAGCGGAUGCAGCAGUGCCUCGUCGAGCGUUACGGCUUCUCCGAAGACAACAUCACCGUGUUGAUCGACACGGACGAAUCGUACACGGAGCCGACGGGGAAGAACAUCCGGUCGGCGUUGACCUCGCUGGUCCGAUCGGCGGAGCCCGGAGACGUGCUCUUUGUGCACUACAGCGGACACGGAACGCGUCUUCCUGCGGAAACGGGAGAGGAUGAUGACACUGGAUUUGAUGAAUGCAUUGUUCCUUCUGAUAUGAACCUCAUCACUGAUGAUGAUUUCAGGGAGUUUGUGGAUGGAAUCCCCAGAGAUUGCAGGAUCACAAUUGUGUCUGAUUCUUGCCACAGUGGUGGCCUACUUGAAGAAGCUAAGGAGCAGAUAGGAGAGAGUACAAAGGGAGAGGAGGAAGAGUCUAAGUCUGGCUCUGGCUCUGGCUUUGGAUUUUCAAAUUUUCUCCAUCGGACUGUGGAAGAUGCCAUUGAGUCUCGCGGAUUCCAUAUCCCUUCAGGUUUGCGCCACCACAGAGGCAGGGAUGAUGGUGAUGAGGUUGAAGAUAGGGAUAUUGAUCUUCCACAUGGGGACUAUGGCUAUGUAAAGAAUAGAUCUCUGCCCCUUUCAACCCUCAUUGAUAUACUCAAGCAGAAAACUGGGAAAGAAGACAUUGAUGUUGGGAAACUCAGACCUACUCUUUUCGAUGUCUUUGGGGAAGAUUCUAGUCCCAAAGUGAAGAAGUUCAUGAAUGUUAUUUUGAAUAAACUCCAACAAGGAGGUGGUGAAGGUGGGGGUGGAAUAUUGGGGUUGGUGGGUGGUCUUGCCCAAGAGUUUCUCAAGCAUAAGCUUGAUGAUGAUGAGGGAUACGCCAAGCCUGCCCUGGAGACACGUGUGGAAAGUAAGCAGGAGGCAUAUGCUGGAUCAUCCAGACACAGCCUUCCGGCUGGUGGGAUUCUGAUGAGUGGAUGUCAGAGUGACCAAACUUCCGCAGAUGCAAGUCCUUCAGGAAACGCUGCCAGUGCCUAUGGAGCUUUCAGCAAUGCAAUACAGGAAAUAAUUAAGGAGAGUGAUGGUGCAAUCACAAACCACGAACUUGUUCAGAGGGCACGGGAGAAGCUCAAGAGGACCGGUUUCACUCAAAAACCUGGACUCUACUGCAGUGAUCACCAUGUUGAUGCUCCUUUUGUGUGUUGAUCUGUGCUUUUCUUAUGCAGAGAGAAAGAGAGAAUAAUGUCGUUUACUUGUUUAUAGUGUGCUUGUGUAUUGCUGUGAAAAUGAAGUCAUUGCUUUCAUACAGUUAUCAUAUGCUGCUCUGCUACCAGGUAAGGACUAUUUAAAAUUGUAGUGUAUUUGUUGUUACAUUCAUUGUGCUGAGUGACUGAAGUAUCAGAACAAGGUUCAUGCACCAAACCUCAGAUUUUGAAUCUGAAUACUUUGGUAUACGUGAAAUUAUUAUAAAAUAUAGUAUUAAAUUUUGUGUCGUUCGAAUUAUUCUGGCAUCUUUGUAUGGAUUUGAAUUUGUUGAAAAAGGUUGUAUGUUAUAUAAUGUUCAGUUGUA